UGUAGUGUGUGUGUGUAUGCGUCUAUGCCCACUCUUGCGGGUGUUUGUGUGUGUGUGUCGGGUCUUUCUUGCCUCUGGCAUUGAAAGGUCCUGGUGUAGUGUCUGGUUUGCUUAGAUUACAGAUUGUGACAUUUGGCUCACGUGUGGGCGGGCUAGUAGAAAUGUUCAAAGGUUGCUGACUGCUCAGUAUAACUUGGUCAGACAGGACCAGGGAGACUUUACACCCAGCCAGGGAAGGAACUUUCACCUACACCGCAAGGUAAGACUGCAAGCCUUACACUUUUCUCUAUACCAUGUCAAGUUUAAAGUUCUUACCUGUCUCUCAUAUGGAUUCCUUUGGAUGUUAGCGAUUGAGUGUGAGUAUACUCGCACAGCUGGUGUCUGUGUGUAAAUGCACACUUGUUUGUACUUUCCCAUGUGAGGGGAGGAGUGUUUUGUAUACAAACUAUAUGUGUGCCUGGAAGUGCAGAAACUGAGUGGCUGAAAACACAUACUGAUAUGUCAGCUGCUACAUUUCCUGCUAGCCUGUUUCUCUGGAAUUUUGAUUUCCCCUACUUUCUGGCACAGUGAAGACAAACGAAGUGGGUCUGCUUAUAUGACAGAGUGUUAAAGUUCAGGAUACGUUAUAUGACAGAGGGUUAAAGUUCAGGAUGUAAAUGUUGUUGUCAGUGUAUGGUGACAUCAUGGUGGAUUUAUACAAUAUGAGCUCUGAGAGCCAUUUUACAUAUUUAUGAUAGAACAUUUGAGAAACACCAUUCUCUAUGAAAAUAGCUUUAUGCUAUUCACAGUUUGUUUUCAUAGAAUGUGCCAUGCAAAAAAAAUAUAUUAGGAGAAGCCCCUUAUAGAUUAUAGCGCAGGUGGCCAACCCUUCUGGAGAACUUGGGUAUGUAGGCUUUUGCUCCAAUGUUGAUUCAGUUAAUCAAGGUCCUGGUGAGCAGUUGAUCAGUAGAAUAAUUUAUGAUAGAUUAGGAUUAGAGUAAGGGGAAGUGAGAAUAACAUGGAGAAAUACGAAGACGAACAGAGAAAGACAGAGAUAACAGAGAUAGAGACAGAAACCUGUAGAUGAUUCCCCUGCUGUUACAAUGACCCAGUGACACAGAAAACUGGGAUAUGAUAUCUGAGUCAAACUGUCGAGUUGAUCAGUAACAUACAAUGAAUAGAAGCUAUGAGGUCAGGCCCUAGUUUCCUGCAUAGAAUAGUUUUACAAUGGUUGUAACCUAAAUGCAACUUCAAUUCAAGACAUGACAUUCAGAAUUCAUGUAAACAUUACAGUUUUGAAAACAUAGCUUGUCCCAAAAAAGUGUUCUCUUGGCACAAUUUACCCCAGGUAUGGGGUAAAUUGAGCCGUGAAACAGGGUAAAUUAAGCCGUCUACAAAUUUCUGUACUGAAUGAAAUAUAACCACUACCUUUUUAAAACCAUGUCUAUCUUUAUUUCCCAAACACAAUUAAUCACAUUCACUUUUUAAAAAAUCUUUUCAUCAUUUUAAGCAUAUUUUAACACAGGCUUAACACCUAACAAACAAAUUUUUAACACUUAUUGUUAUCUCAUAUCCCAGCGAUAAUGCUUUGGAUUACACAUAGGAACUAAACACAUUAAUUUGUUCAACUUGCCAUUGGCUCAAUUUACCCAAAGGCAAACAUUUUGACUAAAUUACUCUGCACAGCUACAAGGAUGCACUUUCAUGCUAGGUUUAUAGACCUCAUAUUGAAGCUUAUAGAGACCCCAACUGAUGUAUAGAACAACCUUAAAAUGAUCUACUUUGGUUUAGAUGAAACCUCUAACACAAUACAUUUAUUUUUAUCAAAGACUCCACGAAAUGAUGACCUCUUCCUACAUUUUAGGCCAAAUUAAUUUUGUGUAUGGUUUCCUAGAAACAAGGGUGGCUCAACUUAACCGUUUUUCUCAACUUACCCCACUCUCCUCUACCCAUUGUUUCAUAUAACACCACUGACCCUCACUAGCUUGCGAAAACUGCAAACGUUGGUACAUUCACAGUUAAUGAAUGACAUUCGCAGAGAGAGAGAGAGAAAUAAACGUAUGUAUCUAAUCAGUUUUAGUGCAACCAUGGUUAAUGGUAAACAGCUUGGAUGCUAACGAUGCUCCUUAACUGGAAUCUAACAAUUAAUUUUACACUACCAAGGCUCAGUUCAUACAGUUAAUCUGGACCAAGGGGCCCAUGAUGGGCCAUUUGAGGUGGACAAGGCAAAACCAGAAGAAGUAAUGGUCUUAUUUGCGGAUAGUUGUCCAUAGUAGACUGUGAACAUAAUAGCCUGGAAUACCUUUAGGGUCUCUGAGGUAAUUUAGGGCAUUGUCUGACUCUUGUACUGAUACCUGUAAUGAGCAGAGGUGGCAUCACAUGUCCCAGAGUGGUGGGGCAAUUUUAUUUACUUCCUGAUUGUAACCAGAUAAAACUCCGGAACCUUGUCUGGGACAAGUGAAUUGAGCAGUUGGGCAAGUUUAACCUGCUCUAAUGUUGCCCCAUGUGAUUUAUUUUGACUGAAAACGACACAACUGUAAUGAAUUCCAGUAAGCCUAAAAUGGAUCUUUCUGGUUUAUCCCCAUUGUUUAAGUGAAAGUCGAACAAUUUAUGGCAUUCAUAGCCGCGGGAAGUAGGGGUGCUGAGGGUGCUGCAGCACCAGCUGAUGAAUAAAACAUGUGUUUUAACAAUGAACUGGGCCUUUAUUGCUCCUGUAUGAGAAGACAAAUAUGCUCCUCUGCGGUUCAUUAAGUUCAUUAAACUAAAUCAGAAGUGGUGAAAAGUGCUGAGGCGAAUGCCUGCUCACCACAUGUUUGCCGGUGGCCCUGGUAAUGAGUAAUGUGAUAGAGAGCUCAAAGAUUACUAUUUGCUUACACUUUGGUUAUUAUUUUACUACACCUCUCUCUCGCGCUCUCGCGCUCUCGCGCUCUCGCGCUCUCGCGCUCUCGCGCUCUCGCUCUCAGAAUAGAGUGACGAGAGAUAUGAGAUGAGAAGGAGGAGAUAGAGAGAGAGAGAUCAUCUCGAGAAGAGCUAGCUGAUAUCUAGGUCGUAUCAGUAGAUAGUCGCAUAUACGAUGCUCUUCUCUCUCUAUCUCUCUCUCGUCUCUCUCUCUAUCUCUCUAUCUCUCUCGCUCUCCUCUCUCUCUCUCUCUCUCUCUGGCCAGCAGAUGAAGCCAGUCUUUCUCCCAGCACUGUCCCGCAUCGCCCUCUGCGGCGGUACCCAUGGCAAUGAGAUGUCGGGCGUGUACCUGGUGAGGGAGCUGCAGAGGCAGAAACUGGAAAAGGCAGGGUCGGCGACCUUGACCACAGUCAUAUCCAACCCACGUGCGGUCCAAGUGUGCAAAAGAUACACCGACAUGGACCUCAACCGUUGUUUCACCGACGCCAUACUAAGGUAUAGGUUGUCAUAAGCACAAAUGAAACUGUACAUGCAAACAGUGUGAUCCAUAAAGGGAUAACAACUACAAAUGUAUCCUAACUUCUUACCUCUAACAAGUAUGGACCUGUUGGCAAAUUAACUAUUCAGGUGUGAACUGUAUGAAUCAAAGAUGAGUUCUUACAACUAUGUAAAGAAGCCAAUAAUAACACAAUGCAUUGUAAAGAGACAAGGAAACAUACACAAUAUAGCUUCAAUAUAAUAUAUCCCUCUACUGUGGAGUCCGUAAAUUAACAAUGUGGUCAUGGCAACAUUUCCAGAUGUCUUUGGAUAUUGUUUUGGAACAUUCUGAACCUUGCAGCCUGGGCUGGAAUGUGCCUGGCCACCAAGGGCACUACUUAUCUGAACAGUCUAAUGCAGUUUUUGCAUAAAUGGGACUAUAUCAUAAUUAAUAUUAGUUCUUAGUACUUAAUUGAUACUCAAGAUUUACUCAACCCUACAGAGCUAAAGGGAUGGCAUCCCAAAGAGUUGGUGGCAUUUACUUCUCCCUCUCAGUCUCUCACCAGCAAAGAUGAGUAGUUGGUAUUCUCCCACGCCAAAGCGAUACACCUUUCUUCUAGUAUGCACACUCGUUCACGCUCUCUUUCUCUGUCUCCCUUCUCUCUCACUCUCUCCACACACAUCCACCUCUCUCUCCCUCCCUAGUUCACCUGUGACGGACGCCACCCCGUACGAGGUGAGGCGUGCCCAGGAGCUGAACACUCUACUGGGGCCCAAGGGCAGCGUUGGGGCCAUGGACCUGGUGUGUGACCUCCAUAACACCACAGCAAACAUGGGCCUCAGUCUGAUCUCCUACUCUGACCAAGACUGGGUCAUCUUGCACAUCUAUAGACAAAUCCAGGUGACCAGAGCUUCAGUUCAAUUCAAUUACAAGGGAAACUGAUCCAAGACCUGUACUUUGAAACAAUGUCCCCUUCUCCUUAGUUGUACUGCCAGCCUCCAAUGUGGGCCAUCAAAUAUGCUCUCUAGGGUCAAAAGUGAAUCUUGUUCUGUUUCCGUGCGAGAGCAUUAGAUUAAAAUGGAAUGAAGAUUGAUCUGUUUUAAAGGGGAAGUGGAUGGUUAAUCUGACUGUUGCUGUCAUUGAGAGAAUAUUUAGAUUGGAAGCAUUGCUGUCUGGAAGGGGAAGAAAUUGAUUCUGUCUGUUGCUGUCUCUAACCAAAAAAAAAAUCAUGACAGCUGUAAUGGAAACAGGAAGUUUCGGUACAAUUUUUAAAUGCCGACAGAUCAUUUGUUCCUUCGAUAUGGUGGGAUAUUUUUGUGUCGAUAAAAUUAAUUAUGCGAGAAAUGGCAGUGGAAACACAUUGAAUGCGCAAAUAUUGAUAUAAUAACCAUAAUGUCUAAGUAAACUUGGAGUCAAACGGUGAUAUGGUGCGUGGUCCUCCCACUACGACUCGGGAAACUAUGCAGUUUAUUAGGUUACAGAUGAAAUUACUUAUGAUGAACUUCACAGGGUGGUGAAAGUGCACAGUGAUGAUCUUGAUGCUCCUUUCCAAUAAAUAUAGAGAGUCUGAUUCUGGUGACAUGAUGAUCGAUGCUUGACUGCCAUUUGACAAAUAAAAAAUAUCCAUAAUAAUCUAAUAAUGUAGACUAGCCUACCCACACAGCCUACCCACACAGCCUACCCGCACUGUAUCUGCGAGCUGUUGUGCUGCUGUUGGCAAGAGCGCAAAUGCCAAGCACAGAGUAGGUACAUUUGCUAUUUAACGCAACAGUUAUGGUGACAAAACUAUCUGUAGAGUUGAAAAUGUGAUGGAAACACAUUGUGUGCACUAUUGUAAGGGUUGUGGUGAGGUGUGACCCAUGUGCGGUGCAUGAUAGAGAGUAGGCAGCAGGCAGAGAUGUUGAAACAAGAAUCUUUACAGGUGGUCCCGAAGCCAGGAUACAAAAUAACGGACUGAAAUAAUAAAGAAACAGGGAGAACACUUCUCGAGUACCUGUACAUACUUCUCCGAUCAGACACUGAUUAGUACUGCUGAGCAUAGAGAAACUAGCAGAGAAAACUGAACAAGGGAACACAUGGAAGUGAGGGCAUAAAUACACAGGUGAACAGGUAGACACAGGUGACACCAAUAGGAUGAUGAUUAGUCCAGACUGUGAGUGAGGAGGUGCCUAAGGUUGUCGGAGGAGGACACCUAGUGGAUCGCCCCGGAACUGCGACCCCCUCCUGUAACACACUAUGUCAUCAUGCAGUAAUUUUUAUCUGCAAGUCCGUUUGGCGGAAACACAUCACUGGUGGGAAAAUUGGCAUAUUGUCUUUAUGCGGAUUUAGAAUAUUCGUAUGAAAAUCUGUUGCCAAUUGGAUGGAAACUUAGCUACUGAUACAAUGCUGGCUGGACUUAAUCAAAAUUGGAGUGUAUAAUUUCAACAUGACUCUAUUGCUUUCUUAAAGGGGAAGCGUAUGCACCAUCUGACCCUGUUUCUACGAGGAGAAGGGCUUCAUCUGACUGCUAUAAUCUGGGUUCUACGGGAGUGUAAAGGUUUAAUCUGUUGUGUUCUCAGAGGAAGAUAACCUCAGCGCCCGUGAGGUUUAUCCUGCUGGAUCUACCCUUAGCUGAUGCCUACUCUCAGGACUCCCUGGGCAAGCAUGGCUUCUGUAAGUGUUUGUAUUUGUGCUGUGUGUUCAUAGGAAACACAUCAUGCAAUCUUCUUCCUGUCAUUGGAAACCAGUGUAUUUUCAGUAUGUUUUCCAUUUACAUGACAAAUGUAUUCAUUCAGAUGCUGUCACUCCACAGCGAUAGAGGUGGGACCUCAACCCCAUGGUGUGGUCAGAGCCGACAUCUUCAACAUCAUGAAGGAGGCGGUCGACCAGACACUAGAUUGGGUCCAGUGCUUCAACUCAGGUACUUGAACUCCCAUCGUCCGUAAACAUUGCUGAGCCCUCACAUCGCCUACACACAGAAUACACCACCCUCGAUCAUCGCUACCUAGCCUACUGCCUUGGUCAAGAACAAGAAUAACAUUAACAUCAUUCAUAUCUACAAGCAUCUAGCUCCCCGUACCAGGAACAGAUACAAGGAGAUUUUCUUCAUGCACAUGGGCCUACCAUUCAACACUAUGCUGUUAGUCUUCACUGCAUUUAUGGUUAUUGGAUUUUGCGUAUUUCUUCCUAUCUUGUGUACUAUAACUGGCCUCUGCUCGUUUAUGUAAUGUACAGUGGGGAAAAAAAGUAUUUAGUCAGCCACCAAUUGUGCAAGUUCUCCCACUUAAAAAGAUGAGAGAGUUCUGUAAUUUCCAUCAUAGGUACACGUCAACUAUGACAGACAAAUUGAGGAAAAAAAAUCCAGAAAAUCACAUUGUAGGAUUUUUUAUGAAUUUAUUUGCAAAUUAUGGUGGAAAAUAAGUAUUUGGUCACCGACAAACAAGCAAGAUUUCUGGCUCUCACAGACCUGUAACUUCUUCUUUAAGAGGCUCCUCUGUCCUCCACUCGUUACCUGUAUUAAUGGCACCUGUUUGAACUUGUUAUCAGUAUAAAAGAUACCUGUCCACAACCUCAAACAGUCACACUCCAAACUCCACUAUGGCCAAGACCAAAGAGCUGUCAAAGGACACCAGAAACAAAAUUGUAGACCUGCACCAGGCUGGGAAGACUGAAUCUGCAAUAGGUAAGCAGCUUGGUUUGAAGAAAUCAACUGUGGGAGCAAUUAUUAGGAAAUGGAAGACAUACAAGACCACUGAUAAUCUCCCACGAUCUGGGGCUCCACGCAAGAUCUCACCCCGUGGGGUCAAAAUGAUCACAAGAACGGUGAGCAAAAAUCCCAGAACCACACGGGGGGACCUAGUGAAUGACCUGCAGAGAGCUGGGACCAAAGUAACAAAGCCUACCAUCAGUAACACACUACGCCGCCAGGGAAUCAAAUCCUGCAGUGCCAGACGUGUCCCCCUGCUUAAGCCAGUACAUGUCCAGGCCCGUCUGAAGUUUGCUAGAGUGCAUUUAGAUGAUCCAGAAGAGGAUUGGGAGAAUGUCAUAUGGUCAGAUGAAACCAAAAUAGAACUUUUUGGUAAAAAUUCAACUCGUCGUGUUUGGAGGACAAAGAAUGCUGAGUUGCAUCCAAAGAACACCAUACCUACUGUGAAGCAUGGGGGUGGAAACAUCAUGCUUUGGGGCUGUUUUUCUGCAAAGGGACCAGGACGACUGAUCCGUGUAAAGGAAUGAAUGAAUGGGGCCAUGUAUCGUGAGAUUUUGAGUGAAAACCUCCUUCCAUCAGCAAGGGCAUUGAAGAUGAAACGUGGCUGGGUCUUUCAGCAUGACAAUGAUCCCAAACACACCGCCUGGGCAACGAAGGAGUGGCUUCUUAAGAAGCAUUUCAAGGUCCUGGAGUGGCCUAGCCAGUCUCCAGAUCUCAACCCCAUAGAAAAUCUUUGGAGGGAGUUGAAAGUCUGUGUUGCCCAGCGACAGCCCCAAAACAUCACUGCUCUAGAGGAGAUCUGCAUGGAGGAAUGGGCCAAAAUACCAGCAACAGUGUGUGAAAACCUUGUGAAGACUUACAGAAAACGUUUGACCUGUGUCAUUGCCAACAAAGGGUAUACAGUAUAACAAAGUAUUGAGAAACUUUUGUUAUUGACCAAAUACUUAUUUUCCACCAUCAGUUGCAAAUAAAUUCAUUAAAAAUCCUACAAUGUGAUUUUCUGGAAUUUUUUUCCUAAUUUUGUCUGUCAUAGUUCACGUGUACCUAUGAUGAAAAUUACAGGCCUCUCUCAUCUUUUUAAGUGGGAGAACUUGCACAAUUGGUGGCUGACUAAAUACUUUUUUUCCCCACUGUAUAUGUACAGUGAGGGAAAAAAGUAUUUGAUCCCCUGCUGAUUGUGUACGUUUGCCCACUAACAAAGACAUGAUCAGUCUAUAAUUUUAAUGGUAGGUUUAUUUGAACAGUGAGAGACAGAAUAACAACAAAACAAUCCUGGUACAAACGUACAAAAUCAGCAGGGGAUCAAAUACUUUUUUCCCUCACUGUAUGUAUCAAGACAAGUUCCCUUUCAAGAGAAAUUACGUUUUCGAUUGUAUUCUAGUCAUUAACCAAUUACAAACCUUCUCUCAUCUUCUCUCUACCAGGAAGUGCCUUUGAAGGUGGUGAGGUGGACGAUGUGUACACCUUUGUGAAGAGUAUAGACUACCCAAGAGACCCAGAGACCAAUCAAAUCACUGCUGCCAUACAUCCCCAACUACAGGUUCGAGAACAUUUUGCCAUUGUAUAUAAUUUAACCUAGCUGCAGUUGGUUAAAGUCCUGUACAUGAACCCUUCAAUGCAUAGCCGCAGGAAGUAGGGGCGCUAGGGGUGGGGCAGCACCCCCUCAUAAAUUGAAAUAAUUUAGCCAAAAUUAGGCUCUAAAAAAAUGUUUUCUCCCAAGAUGAUAUUACUCCUGUCUGAACAGAUAUCAAUAAAAUAAUUCAAAAUACUACACCAGAGAACAUAAUUUAGCUACAGAGGAUAAAUAGCUUUAAAAAAAUAGCUGUGGAUGAAGUUUUAUCACAAGCACUUACAGUUGGGAAGUCCGCAAUUUGGGCAGCAUGCGAGCCAAAUAUAAAACGGCUUGUUGAGUUGUGGCCAUAGAUACAAACCAUUGAAGGAUUUUGGAACCCUGACACUUUGACUGUUAAACUCAUGGGUACACUAGCAAUAACUGACAGUCCUGACAUGAAUGGGAACUGCCAUCUAUGGAUUAUAUUUCUAUGGUUGGUUGCAGCUGUUUACCUUUCACAAAUUUCAAAAAUACAAUAUCAAGAAAAACGUAGGUUUACCGUUUGAAAAGCAAAUGCCUACUGCUGAAAAGAGGAGAAUAAUAUUUCCGUAGAGCUAAAAAAUAUAUGUAUUCUGAGUGAAAAGCACUUUUUCAAAGUAAUAUCUUGAUAUAUUGCCACGAGCUCAUCGGCCAUCACCGGUGAGUUGCCUAUGCUUCAUCUUCAUCAUUUGGUGAAUCAGUGUCACUGAGAAUAUUAUUUUGUAGCUUCUGUAGCCAAUACUAUAUACUGUAUAUAAUAUAUAUCAGGGUUUCCGUUAUGACAAUUUGGCGCCGGACAAGUGAUUGGGAAGAUUUUUAUUUAUCAGACAUUUAAGAAAUGUACCGGUCAUCCAUAUGCAUUGGGUGCUUAACCCAUUAGGGAAUCCAUCAACGCAGCCAGCGCCAUCAAUAAACUAAGACAGACGCAGUAGCCUAUCUGACAAGGAUAAAGUAAUACAUGUUGGUGUUGUAACAGGGCGUAUAAUUACAAAUACACUAUUCCUUGUGUUUCCAUGUGUAGCAUAUGCAAAAUGUAUAGCCUAUUGUUUUAUUGUUAUUUACUUUCCUAAAAUAAUAAUUGUCCACCUCAUGGUUCAGCUGUCGGAGAUUUCUGCAGUAAAUGCAUCAGGGCAUUGCAUAGGCUUAUAGGCUUAGGUGUCCACUGUAUGAUAUUAAUUUGAAAAUAAAUAUAAAGGAAGAGAAGCUUAGGCCAAGCCCCAGAGAGAUGCCGGCGGCAUGCUACGACACCGACAUGCAUCUCUUUACCCUUGUCAGAUAGGCUACUGCAUCUGCUAUACAGAUAUGGGUGUACAGAAGCAGACUCAUUCGUUAUUUUUCUAAAGAUAAUCACUACAUUGUUAGAUUAUAGGAGUAACCCUGGUAGGCCUGAAACAGCCUUCCUCACCUCAGCUUCAACUGUCGGAGUUAGUUGGAGCACCAUAGUGCACUGCCUUCAUAUCAUAGGCCUGCAGUAUAAUAGACUAACAGCCACAACAAACCAAAUCUUCACAAAAGUUUCAACAUUUUAUUAGGGUAAUAUCAAAAGUAAGUCAAGCCAUUGUUUAUAGGGAAAAUAUUAGGAGAAUAUUAUAUAACGGCAAACACAACAUUACAGUUGGAACUUAAUUUGGCCAAAGAAAAUGGCUCAACAGAAUUAAACAAAACACUUGUGAACUUGUUUAAACCUUCACAGUUUUGAACGGUCUAUAUUGCCGAAAAUACAGAGAAAGGCUAGUGCCUACCAUACCGAACACAUGACAGCAAUAGGCUAAGGAUAUUAAUUUUACAAAAGGCCUACUUAUAACAUACAGUAUCUUAAACUAAAUACAGAGCACAUAAUUAAAAAGGCAGAGCGAACUUAAUUUAGCCAACAUAAAUGUAUCAACAGAAUGUAACAAAACACGUUUCGCAUAUUUAAAGAACUGGUUUAGAUUAAUAAAUAGGCCUACAAUAAUAAACAAUUACAUUUACAUUUUAGUCAUUUAGCAGACGCUCUUAUCCAGAGCGACUUACAGUUAGUGAGUGCAUACAUUUUCAUACUGGCCCCCCGUGGGAAUCAAACCCCCAACCCUGGCGUUGCAACCGCCAUGCUCUACCAACUGAGCUACACGGGGCCAAUAAUGAUAAAACAAAUUCUUAUGAAUAUGAAAACAUUAAUAUAGUUCCAAAAUUGCAAUAGCGCGUUGCCUGAAAUUUGACAUUUUUGUUUCAGACUCACAUCCUAAAACUUGGUCUGCUCAACUGUAUGCCAGUACACAAAUGUGAUUAUAGAUGUGUGCAAUGCUUUAUGAUAAAGGGGACCCCCCCCCCCCCCCCCCCCAGACCUAGUACAUUAUCUAAAUGCAAAGCAUGCUGAUGUGACUCUUUCUCUCCAGGACCGUGACUUCUGCCUCCUCCAUCCGGGAGAUCCAAUGUUCCUGAUGUUUUCUGGGGAGAUAGUGAAGUACGAAGGAGAAGAAGUCCUCCAUCCCUUCUUUGUGAACGAGUGUGCAUACUAUGAGAAGAGUAUUGCCUUCCACCUGGCACGAAAGAUGACACUGACUAUCCCCCCCUUGCAAGUGAAGAGAGAUUGAUGAAGGAAGGGGAGGAAAAGAGAGACAAUUUGAAGAGCGGGAGAAUUAAAGGGAAAAAAUGCACAGAACCUUAAGAAUUACUAACUAGUCCAAUCUCAUUUUCAAUUAAUAUUUUAUUCCAUUGCUUUUAAUCAUCACUAAAUGACCUCAGGAAUACUGUAUGUGAAAUUAUGCACAGUUCAAUGCAAUGAU